GACGAGACGGCCAUGACGUAUAGUGAGCGUGCGCCUUUACUUCCUCAACACCACCAGUCACUGAAACUCGUCCGGACUUGUUGGGAGAAGUAAAUUAGUGCCUUGGAACAGUCCCAAUGGCAGAGUGGAACGCCUACUACCACAAUGAGGACGAGGAUGAAGAGCAGGAGGAAGGAGAGCAAUCUGGAGAGUAUUACAAACUCACAGGAAGAGACAGUUUGGUCUUCUUGGUCGACGCUUCCAGGGAAAUGUUUGUUAAAGGUGAAGACGGAGAGCCAUCUAACUUUGACAUGACUAUGGAGGCCGUGCGCAGUGUGUACACCAGUAAGAUCAUUAGCAGUGACAGGGACCUGGUGGCUCUGGUUUUCUACGGCACAGAACAAAGCAAAAACCCCAAGGACUCGUUCAAGCACGUCUAUGUGUACCAUGACCUCGAUGAACCUGGUGCAAAGCGAGUGCAGGAUGUGGACGCUCUGCGUGGUAAAAAGGGCGCCCAGUUAGCAGCUGAGACCAUGGGCAGCGGAGAGACAUCAUUAGGCGACGCCCUGUGGUGCUGCGCCAACCUGUACAGUGACAUCAAGCUUCGUCUCUCACACAAGAGGCUCAUGAUCUUCACCUGCAGGGAUGAACCACAUGGUGGCGACAGCGUGAAGGACCGACAGGCUCGCACAAAAGCCAGUGACCUCAAAGAGACAGGUGUUGUGAUUGAUUUGAUGCACCUGAUGAAACCUGGCGGCUUCGAUGUCGCUCGGUUCUUCUGUGACGUUGUCAGUCCACCAGAGGAUGAGAGUGAGCUGGGGUUGCAGAUGGAGCCCUGUGGCAAACUGGAGGACCUCAAGAAGAGGGUGCGGGCCAAAGAGCAGAAGAAGAGAACCAUGGCAAGAUUAAACCUGAUUCUGGGUGAGGGUUUGAAUGUCGCCGUGGGACUUUAUGCAACUGCUGUGAAGGCCACAAAACCUGGUUCCAUCAAACUGUACAGGGAAACCAACGAGCAAGUCCGCAGCAAAACCCGCACAUUCCACACUCAGACUGGCAGCCUGCUGCUGCCCAGUGAGAUUAAGAAAGCACAGAUUUAUGGUAAAAAGAUGAUAGUGCUGGAGAGGGAUGAAGUGGACACCAUCAAGAAGUUUGAUGACCCCGGAUUGUUACUCAUUGGAUUCAAACCAAUGGAGAAACUGAAAGUGCACCAUCAUAUCCGGCCUGCCAUCUUCAUCUAUCCUGAGGAAAAUGAGAUUAAAGGCAGUGCAUGCCUGUUCUCGGCUCUGCUGACGAAGUGUAGGGAGAAGAACGUGUUCGCUCUGUGCCGCUGCAUCUCCCGCCGAAACUACCCUCCGCGAUUUGUUGCCCUAGUGCCUCAGAAAGAGGAGAUGGAUGAGGGACGAGUACAGAUCACACCACCAGGUUUCAACGGCUUCUCCCUGCCGUACGCCGACGACCUGCGAACACUCGAUCCUCCCCAGUGUCGUCGCGCCUCACAGCCACAGGUGGACAUGAUGAAACAAAUUGUCUCCAAACUCCGCUUCAAAUACAGGAGCGAAGCGUUUGAGAACCCGGUCAUCCAGCAGCAUUACAGGAACCUGGAGGCCUUGGCUCUGGAUAUGGUUGCUCCAGAAGAGACAGACGACCUCAUCAUGCCAAAGGUGGAACAGAUGGACCAACGUCUGGGUCCUUUGGUCCAGGACUUUAAAGACCUGGUCUACCCUGCCUACUACAACCCGGACAACAAACCUGCUGCAAAACGCAAAACAGCAGAUUCAGGAGGCGGAGCUGAAAAGAAGCCGAAAGUGGAGAUGUCAGAAGACGAGCUGAAGGCCCGUGUGCAGAACGGCACUUUGGGAAAACUGACGGUGUCGGUGCUGAAGGAGGCCUGCAAACAAUUUGGGAUUCGGACAACGGGGACCAAGAAACAGGAACUCAUUGACGCUGUUACUGGCCAACUGGGUUCAUGAAGGAAGUCUGAGACCUUCAGCCACGCACUAAAUUUUGUGAUCUAAUGGGCUUUAAAGGUCGGAAGUGUGUGAUCACUUUAAAAUAAAAAGUGUUCUAUUUUCGUAGUCUUGCGCCAAUGUGAUUAUGACUUAAUUUUCUGAUUUAUCCCUGACAGAAAACUGAAAGAAAGACGGAGAUGUUUGUUUACUUGGACAGAGAGAGAGAGAAUCUGCACUGCUGUUAAAAUAGUUUUAAAAAGAUAAUACUUGGAUGCAGCCUAGUCUCUUAAAACUACAGUGAGAGGUGUGAGUUUUAUGUAAUCAUGCUGGUAGAAAGUCAAUGUCAUCAUCUACAGAUCUCUCUCUGUCUAUUUUUGCUGGGAACGGCGUGAAAAAUAGGGGAGAUGUUUAAAAGUCACGAGUUGUGACACACGCACACACACACGCAUGUCUCGGAUGAACCAGUUCAUAGUAUAUUCCUUUUGUAUGUAUUUACUUUAAGUGAGAGGCUGCCAUCUCGCUCUGCCGUGUUUCUACCUGUGAGCUCUGAGAAUUCCAGAAGACCACCACAGUUCCUUGAUAUGUUCGAUAAAGGGAGGGGUGACUAUCAGAGUUCACAAAUUCUUACACACUGGACCUUUAAAUCUUCCGCGUGGCCUGUGAGGUUUGAGAUCAACCUUUCCGUCAAAGACGUUUCCUGUUCUUGCUUGAUACGAUUAAACCUUUAAAAACCAGGUAUUAAAAUAGCCUGUACCAUAAACACAGCCAUAAAAAAACAACAAAUAAAAGAAACCUCUUGUUUCCA